AUGUACAGUCCCGAUUCAGACCAUAUAAUUUUGCUAUUCCUUUCUCUAAACGCUUCAGGGGAACUUCCUGAGGAGGAGCUCACCGUACGCCUCUUUUUGCGGCGCGUCUUUUUGGACCCCCUCGGACUGCCCGUGACCGUGAAACCCACUUGGAGUGACCUUGAGGAGGAGCAGGCAAUCAGUUCACCGGGGUCCUGCUCUCGCCCCACCUGCAGCACUUUCCAUUCGGUUGCUUCCACCAGCUCUACCUCCUACAUGUCUUACCAACUGCCGGAAAACACCUUCCAACGUCUUUCAUUCACUUCAUAUCCUGAGGCUAUCUGCAAUUCCAGUGACCCCGCAUUCGCGAAUGUCAGUGGGGAAAGGUGA